CCUAUGCCACCCCCUGCGCAGUCCGUUUCCCCACUUGCGCCAAUCGGCGUUUCCGCUGCCCUUCAGGGCAACCCCACCGAGAAGCCCAAGCCCAAGAUCUUCGACGAGUUCGCACUGAAGGAUCGCGUUGGCAUUGUUUCUGGUGGUAAUAGGGGCUUAGGCCUGGAGAUGGCUUUCGCCCUAUGUGAAGCUGGUGCCCGAGCGGUAUAUUGCCUGGACCUCCCUGAGAAACCUUCAGAAGAAUGGCAGAAGACGAAGGAGUUCCUGGAUAAGAUGGAUAUCGGUGCCAGGCUCGAAUACAUCAGCGUCGACGUUACAGACCAACAAAAGGUAUGGAAGGUGGCUGCGGAAAUCGGGGACAGGGAAAAGAGAAUGGAUGUUUGUGUCGCUGCUGCGGGGGUUCUGAAGGCGCACACGGAUUGUUUACAUUAUCCCGCAGAACAAUUCAAACAGGUCCACGACGUCAAUGUAAAUGGGGUCCUCUAUACAGCACAGGCCGCGGGGCAGCAAAUGGCUAGGUUUGGGAACAGAGGAAGCAUCAUCUUGGUCGCGUCCAUGUCUGGUUCCAUUACGAACAAGGAUCAUGCUUGGGUAUCGUAUAACAGUAGCAAAUCGGCGGUGCUCCAGAUGGCGAGAAGUAUGGCCUGCGAACUUGGGAAGCAGAACAUCAGGGUGAACUCGCUUUCUCCUGGUCACAUCUACACGUCGAUGACUGCAGCAUAUCUUGACAAGGAACCACACUUGUUGGAGAAGUGGUCGAAUUUGAACCCGAUGGGAAGGAUUGGAAGGCCAGACGAAAUGAGGGGUGUUUGCGUGUGGUUGGCGAGUGAUGCUUCGAGCUUUUGUACAGGAAGCGAUAUCAUCGUCAGUGGAGGCCACCAUUCGUGGUAAAUGGACCGUUGCCCGGAGAGCAAGAAGAUCAAGAAGAAUCUCGAG